AUGACGAUAAAAUAUUUUGAAAUAUUGUUCAUCUUAUUAUAGGCGGUGUAAGCAAUCUGAAUAUAUUAAGAAAAGUACAAAGUUAAUGCUAAUUUUUAUCAUUUACGCCACUUAUUAAUCCAUCAGAUCCUUAAUUGGAAUAAGACCAAGCCUUGUAGACAGAAGUAGUUCAAGGACAAAUGAACGUAGGAUUAGGACUUUGGGUGAAAUAUCAACCCUUUAUUGAAAUGAAAGAUCUGAGUACAUUUCACAAUUUUUAAUAUUAGCCGACCGGACUUCAUAGAUAGUUACCACAUCAGUAGGACAGAUUAUUGUUCAAGGAGGGUAGUUUAUUUAUUCAAUGGAAUAAAGUGUCAACAAAUUUAAAAUGCUUGUGGUAUCAAUUAAAAUUGAUUCAACUGCUUAGACUAUAUAGCAUAAUGUAUUUUACUCAUUUAAAUCAUCCUUAAAUACUCUCUCUUUUAACUUUGACAGUUCAAUCUACGAAGGUCUGUGGGUGAUGUUCUAUGUCUAUUAUGAUUAGAUUUUAGGUAAAUCCACAUUUGGAUAUUACACGACUUUAGAAAACAUACCCUCAUAAACUGUUGAUGACUUGCCACCAUUUGUAGCAAGCAUAAAACAUAAAAUCGGUGGUUUUUAUCAAUAUACAAAUUAAAAUGGAGCAAUUGUAGUUCUAAAUCAAUUCACUGGUUUAAUGUCUACCAUCUUUACAACACACGAAGAAAAUAUCUUCUCAAACCUUGAUUCCUGCCAAAAUUUCAUUGAAUAUGAUACUUGCUAUUCUAGUUAAUACAUGGUAAGUUAUAAAAAUUAAGCCAUGAAUGGCGAUGAUAUGAUACGAACAAACACAUUUUCAUCUAGAAAUCCAAUCUAUGUAUUGAAAGGAUGGAUUAUUCUGGAGUAAUUAAGUUAAGCAGAAUAAAAAACUGUGAUAUUUAGAAUAACAAUCAACAAAGAUUAUAGUGAUGAUAUGUACAUCGGAGACAGAGAAGUUCUUCUUGAGUAUUUUUAGAGUAGUUUACCCCUUGAAAAUGGACUUGAAAUUUCAACAUAUUCUUAUGAAUUUCCAUUAAAGGGAAGGUAUAAGACAUAAGAAGAUAAUAAAAUUUCAAAAUUUGGAGAUGAAUUUUCAGAAUUAUUUAUAAAAUGGCAUUAUUUCUAAUAUGAAGUUGGAACCUAAAAUAAUGAUGGAAAACCUAUGCUCUCCUUAUAUUUUCCUACAAUCUCGUAGCUUCAACAAUACAAAUGGCCUCAACCUGUUAAUCAUUUUACAGGAGUUGUCUAUUAUGUAUCUGUCGGAGGAGAUGACUAUUCUCAACGAUUUAUGAAAGGAUAUGUAAGUGAUAUCUUAUUAGAAACAUUCUGUCAACCAGUUGAAGCAUUACUAGUUCCAUCAUGUCAUUACACUUGCUUAACAUGUGAUGGUCCCACAUAGUAUAAUUGUUUAAGUUGUCCUGAUGAUAGUUUUAGAUAGCAUUAAGAAACUGAAAAGACUUGUUUUUGUUAAUAGAGAUAUGUUGAUUAGGAUGGUUAAUAUGAAUGCAAAUCAAUUGUAUAGGCAUUUCCCCAAAUUGUUAAACAAGAAGUUGAAUUAUAAUGCUCAAAAUUAGGAUAUGUUAAUUGUGCUAAUGAUAAUAUUGAAUGCAGCUUUGGAUAUUUUUAAAUAGAUUAGAAUUGUAUUUAAUGGUAAUAGAUUUGUAUAUUUUAGUCCAAAUCAUUUUGAUGUUCUUACAAGAACAAAACUAACUUGUUUUGAUUGUAUAAUUGAACCCAAGAAAUUCGCAAAAACACUCAAAUGUACUCAAGAUGCUGAGACUUAUCACUCUCAAGUUGAAUAUACAUAUUCUGUUUCUAUAAGAAAACCUAAUGAUGUUAGUUAUUUUGAUCUUUCAAAAGAUGGUAACGAAAACUAUUCACUUAAGUUAUGCUAAGGAUGUUUAGGGAAAGGUAGUUGUAAAGAAGGGUAUUUUUAUGAAGAUAAUGAAUGUUAGGAAUGCUUGGAUGGCUGUUUAACUUGUAUUACUAAUUUUAGAUGCAAUAAAUGUUUUCCGGGUUUUUAUUUAGACUAUGAACAUUUAUGUCAGAAGUGCACUAAUUGUAAAACUUGUUUAUUAAACAAUGGAAUUCAAUGGUGUGAAACUUGUUAUGGAACACAAGAAUUAUUGUAUGGUAAAUGUGUAUCUUGUGGCGUUAAUUGUCAGAGUUGUAAUUCAGAUGGGUAUUGUUACUAUUGUUAGGGAUCUCCCUCUUUACAGUAUAUCUCUUUUGAUGGCAAAAAUUGUGAAGAAUGUAAUAUCGAAAAUUGCAUUUAUUGUUUUCAAUAUAUGAUGAAUGGGGGAAUCUACAUUUCUAAUUUGGAUCUAUAAUUCAAUAUCAUAAAUUUAGACUUUAAGUAAGUCUUUUUUGGUUGUGCUUUAUGUAAAUAAAACUAUUUCUUUAAUUAAAGUACUUAGAAAUGCGAAUUGAAACCAGUUAACGAUGACUGUGAUUUUGCAUUAAUUUUAAGUGAUUCAACUCAAAAGUGUAUAAUCAGUUCAAAUAAUAUUGAUUCUGUCUAAAACAUUGAUUGUCCUACUCUCCUUAAUUGUAAAUAAUGCAUAAAAAAUUACAUUGAAACUGAUAGUUUCUGCAUUAUAUGUGAAGAUGGCUACUAUUCUGGUGUAUUGACAGGCUAAUGUUAACAAUGUUUACACAACUGUAAGACAUGUAUUCAACAAAAUAAAUAAUAUCGAGAUUUCUGGAAAUGGUCAAUUAAGGCUUUUUAUAGAUACUUUCUGAACUCGGAUAACGAUCAUGCUUUUGAAAUCUAUGCUUCAACAAAUGCUGAAGCUGAUUUAGAAUUGAUUUGCACUUCAUGUUAAAUAGGGUAUGUCAUGUAUGAAAAUCAAUGCAUAAAGAGUUGUGAUGAAAACUGUAAAGAAUGUGAAAUAAUAGAUGGAAAAUCUACUUGUAUUUAAUGUUAUGAAACUUCAUCAGGAUUUCUCAAAAGUUUGAAUGCUUAAGGAACUUGCUUAACAUGUCCAUCUAAUUGUUUAGCUUGUUUAAAUAGAACCUCCGAUGAAAUUGCUGAUGUCAAUCCAUAUUUUAUAUUAACUAAUUCAAAUGUUUAACUAACAAGAAAAUGCUACGAGAAGUCAAAUAAGAUUAAUUUAUUAGAAAAUUACUUUUAUGAUUCUUUCACAUAGACAAUAUCAGUUUGCACAGACAAUUUAUAGUGCUAUAAUAAAAUAAUAAUUAAAUAGAAUAUCUACUGUGAUUUUGAUGAGUUUUUUAUCAAAUAGUAUGAAUCAAGCGAUGAAUUUUUUGGAUCAAAGAAUAUAUAUAUACAACAAUUUUUUGAUGAUUCAUACUUGAUUUCAAAAGAAACAGCUUCACUUUAUUAAUAUUUAAAUGAGAUCUCUGUUAGAAAUGUUGAAUAUUAAUUUACAUUUAUUUAGGGUAAUUAACCAAAUUGUGUAUUUAUAGAUGUACUUCAAAUUCGCUCAACUUUAUAAUAAAAUGUAUUUGCUAUUUAAUAAGUUGAUCUCGCGUUAAUCGGAUAAACAAACCCUACACAAAUGUAUGUUCCAGUAGAAUUCAAAAUUAGUAAUUACACUACUGUGACUUUUCAAAAUCUCGUGUUUAACUGCGCAUAAAAGCAAGAUUCCCAAUAUACUUAAUCUAUUCUAUCUUUAUUUAAUUUAAAACUAACCUUAACCUUAAAAUUGAUAAACUGUGGUUUUAUUACUUAGAAUGAGACUGAUAAAAAUUAUUCUUUCGCAAUCAAUUCAAAUAUUCCUUAUUCCUUGUAUAUUAAAAACCUAAUGAUAUCUAACUUUUACAUUUACAAUUCUGAUAUUUUCCAAUUCAUAGCUCAAUAAAACAUUCUAAAGAAUGUAAUUGAAAUAGAUAAUGUGAUUAUUGAAAAUUCCUAUUUUUUCAAUUCGACUUUGAUAAAAUUUUUAGCUUAGCUCAACCAUUUGUCUUUAAAUUCUGUAAUAAGUCAAAUUUAAAUUAAAAACACUAAAUUUAUUGAAUCAAAUUUUAUAUAUAGUAGUAGUUUAUUGAAUUAUACAAUUGGAUUAUUAGAUAUUAAUUCUAUCACAGUUGAUAAUACUGAGUUUUCAUGGAAUUCUAACUUUCUAUUACUUUCUUGUGCUGAUUAGUCCGCAAUAUCAAAUGUAAUCUUAAAUAACUCAUUACUAAGCCUUGGUUCAAGUUUUUAUUCCUCAAAUAUAAUAAAUAUUCAUGACAUCAUCGUCAAUAAUACAAGUAUUAUGAAUAGUAUUUUAAUUUCAAAUAAAGUGGAUUAUACUAAAUCCAAUUAAGCAUUAUUAGCAUCCUCCAAUGUAUUCCUAAAGAAAUUUCAAAUUUUAAAUGUUUUAUAUGAUAAGUAAUAACAAAUUUUGGUUAUCGCCAAAUACGAUGAAAUAAGUAGUUUAAAAUUCACAUUAAUGGAAUUCCUCUUAUAAAAUUGUUAAACAGUAUCCAAAACCUAAAUUUAGUAGAUUUCUUACGAAAAUUCAAUGAUUUAUAUUGAAUGCUAAAUUUGUCUCUUAGAAAAUAUUUAAAUCAUUAGAGGAUAUGGAUUACCAGAAAUGACUUUAAUCAAUUCAGAAAAAUUGGAAAUGAGAAAUUUGAUUAUUUCACAAAAUUCAAAAUUCCUAUCAAAAGUCCUACAUUCCUCAUUUGAAUGUGUGAAAUAAUUUGCUAUUUUACAUAUGCAUUUUUUCAUCUAUAUCGGAUAAUAUAAGGAUGUAUUUAUUGAUUAAGUUAAUGUUCUAAAUAGCUUAAGUUUCAACAGCCCAUUCAUAAUUUUUAAAGGAUAUGAUACUCUGUAAAAGCUUCUAAGUGAAACGAUUGUUAUUUAAAAUAUCAAUCUUAUUUAGAAUGUUCUUAUUAUUUCUGAUACAAAUCAGCAUACAUCCUUGAUCUCUAUAGAGUCAGAAUAAAAAUCAAAGGUCACUUUAUCUAUUGCAUAUUUUGCAUUCAAUCAUUUAAAUGAAUAUGUUCAAGAUUUAACUAUCGUUUCAGCUGCAACCAUUUAUAUUUCCUUGUAACAAGGCAGUGUAUUAAUGAAUGAAUGCAAAUUUAUCUAAAACAUUGUUACUAAUUCUACUGAUACAAUCCUCUAUAUUAAAUCUUCUUUUUUGUAAUUACAGAAUUCUUACUUUUAAAAUAAUGGUUUAAUAAAUUUAUCUAAAAUUAGUAAGCAUAUACUAUUUUCAUAAUCUUAAGAUUAAAAUGAAAUUGAUUAUGCUUCCAUAUUCUAAGUUAAAUCUAAUGGAGGGAAUGGGUUAUUUAUAAUCCAAACCUUGAGUAUAGAUAACAUUACUAUUAAUGCAUCCUACUCAUAUAAUGGAGGAGGAUUUUCUAUUAUAACUCAAGCAGUAAGUGUAAUAAGUAUUGCUAAUUCAUUUUUUUACAAUACAAUGUCUUCUUUAGAUGACUCAGUGUAUGCGUUAGGUGGAUGCUUAUAUAUUGAUGCAUCUUCCUCACAACUCAAUUUUCAACUGCAUGAUUCUAUUAUAGAUACAUCCUAUAGUAGACAUGAUGGAGGAGCUAUUUAUAUUACUCCAUCACUCAGUUAUAAUUUGAUUACGAUUUUUAAUUUGAUAGUAAGAGAAUGUUUUUCGCUGUAAAAUACAUUUUUCUCAUACACUCUUUCUAAGAUAGAAACAAUUAAAUCGAAUGUUAUUUUUAAGAAUAUACAAUUCUAAACAACUGAAAAUGGUUUCCAAAAAUAUUUUUCUUUAAUCUAAGAUUUGUCGGAAGACGAUGCUUCAAAUGUUGCUCAUUCUAAUCCUAUGAUAUUCGUGCAAUAUGGAAAUUUCAGCAUAUAUAACUGUAGCUUUCUUUCUACUGUUAUUUAAUUCUUAAUUAAAAUUGAAUAGGCUGAAAAUAUUAUUUUAUCUAAUGUAAAAGUAAUUAAUAGCACUGUUUUGCAGUCACCAUUAUUCAAAUUGAAUUUAAGAACAUGUAAUUAAUCAAUUAUAAUAUUAAUUAGAAAUCUCCGGCUAGUUAUAAAUAUCUAAUCUAUAAUUAACUAAUGUCAUAGAAAGAACAAAGAUUUAUACCGAUUCUUGCAUUAAAUCUAACUCUGCUUUUCACUCUGAAUUGUAAUGUCCUACUUAUGUAUCUUAAGUUGCUUUAAAUUUGAAUGAAAAUGAUUUCACAAAAUAAAAAGAAGUGCAAUUUCUUUGUAAUCAACUUUUAAUAUACUCUAAUAAGCAAUUUAAUUACAGUUUGAUUGAAAUAGAUAACUUUAAUUAAACUCAUUCAUUAAAAGUUGAAAAAAUGGAAUUAACAAAUAUUGUAUGUGAAAACUGUUAAUUUGGUAUAUUUAGAAUUCUUGAAAUUUACUAACAAAACAAAGAAACUAUGAAGUUAUCUUAAAUUAAUAUUAAAAAUUGUAGAUGCGGAAAUACUGGCUGCUUAUCAAUUGUAAAAAGUUUGAAUGAAUUCAUCCUUAAAAAAAAUUUAAUAGGACCUACAAGAAUUCUUUAGCAACAUGAUUAUGAUAACCUUCAUUUUAAGUUAAAUCAACAAAUUAAUAUUGUGGAUAGCUCUUUUUUAAAUAACACUGCAUUUUAUGGGGGAUCAAUUUUAAUAGUAGAACUUGGUACCUUAAUUAAGAAAUGUACUUUUAAAAACAAUUCAGCAUAAAUUGGAGGAGCCAUUUACUAUUCUUCAUCAGAAAGUUAAAUUUUCCUUCUUGAAACUUAAAUAAUUUAAAAUAAAGCCAAAGUUGCAGGAGGAGUGUUCUUAAAUUAAUAAUCCCUUCAAUUGACAAAAGAAUUAGAUAUUCAAUUAUUAAACAAUAAUUCUACCCUGUAUGGUGAGGAUGUUAUUGAAAAUCCGAGGUCCUUAACUCUUUCAAUAGAUGGAGGAUAGACUCUAUUAUAAAAAUCAUUAGUUUCAGUAACUGACAACAGUAUUACAGAAUAAAUAAUCAUUAAGCCUUAUAAAGUUUUAGGCUAUUCAUAAAAAAUGACUUAUUUAACCCUCCCAUCAGGUAGGACCAUAGGUACAUAUAAUUUCUUUGAUCAAUAUACAUCCACAAUAAUUCCAUAUAACUUAACUCUUAGGAUAAUAGCUUUAGAUAAGUUUAACAAACAAAAUAAAGGAUUAUCGAAUUCUUAUUGCACAAUAGAUCCUUUUGCCUUUAAUACAUCUUCUUAAAAUGAAGAACCUAAUGUUAAUUAUAAUCUUUCUUUCUCUAACGUUACUUUUAAUGAAACUUCUGGCGAUUAUAAUUUAGACAAUUUAGUAAUCUAUUUUAUGCCAAACUUAACUAAUAACCUUGUUCUUCGAUUAUCUAUCUAAUGUAGUUCAAUAAUUAUACCUUAAUAUGAUGAUGAACCUCCAUUUGAAAUCAUGAAAAAUAUUACAAAUUAUAGAUUAUUGGUGGAUAUAAAGACAUUUAAUUGUUAAUUAGGUGAGUAUUAGAAUGGGACAACGGGUGGUUGUACUUUAUGUGAUACAGUAUAGAAUUAAUAUUAAGUGUAAUGGAGUGCUUAGAGUUGUAGUUAUAAAGAUGAUUAGAAAAUGAAAUCAAUAGAAUCUUCAAUGAUUGAAUUAAGAUCUGGAUAUUGGAGAGCCUAUUAUUAUAGUUAAACUGUUGAAUAUUGUUAUCAUUUGCCAUCUAAUUGUGAAGGAGGAUGGAAACCUGGUGAUCAAUCAUGUAUACAAGGACAUAUUGGAGCACUUUGUGAACAAUGUGAUCUCUAUAAUAUCCAAUCCUAAGGUUCCUACUCUGUUAGCUCCAAAUAUUCCUGUGGAAGCUGUGAUCAAAUUGCAUUCAACAUCAUUAGUAUUAUUUUAAUAAGUUUAUGGACUCUUAUUUCAACUUUGAUGUCAGUCAGUAGUACAGUGGAAAUGAUUGAUGAAUUUGUUAUUGGACUCAGACUGAAGGCUUUUGGAGUAACAGUUGCAAUUAAGGAAGCUUCAACAGCUAUACUGAUAAAGGUGUUUACUAAUUAUUUAUAAAUUGUAUCUACAAUUUCCACAUUUCAACUUUAAGUUCCAAUUGGUUUGGCCUCUGUUGUUAAUAGCGUUGGCAAUCCAAUUGAAUCAAUGGCAUAUUCUCUUGAUUGUUUCCUUGUAUCUAUUACAGAAAUAUCAAUCAUUUAUUUCAGAAUCAUUUGGGGAUUAAUUAUGGCUACAAUGUACAUUACGAUAUUUUUUGGUUUAGGAGGUCUUGCAAUUCUAUUUAAGCAUGUUAAGAUUGAUUUUUCAUACAUUUCUACUUCUCUAAUUUAUUUAUUCAUCUAUUUGUAACCUAACAUCAUAGGAGGCCUUAUUUCUCUAUUAUCCUAUAGAAAAAUUUCUGAUGAAUAUUGGAUAUAAGGCAAUGUUGCAUACAGAUAUGAUACAAUAUCUCAUGCCAAAUGGGUGAUUGGCUUUUGUUUUCCCCUUUUGAUAAUAUUUUGCUGUAUCCUUCCCUUUUUCUUGUGGUUUGGAGUCCAUAAAAAUAAAUACCAACUAGAUAUGACUAAGAUAAGAAGGACUUGGGGAUACUUGUAUAAUGAAUACAAAUUACAUGCUUAUUAUUGGGAAACAAUCAAAAUAUUAUAAAAAUAGGUAAUUAUUAUUGUGCUUGCAUACUAUGAUGAUCACAUUGCAAUCAAGGCAUCUUUAGUUUUUCUUGUAUUAUUUGGAUAUAGUUACUUGACAAUUUCGAAUAAACCUUAUAUGACUGGAUAACUAAAUCAUCUAGACACUCAUUCUAUUGUGGUUUGUGCUGUUUCAAUUAUUUUGGCUAGUUCUAUUUAUACUGCUCAAUAAUAAAAUUUAUAAGAGAUUGUUUGGCCCUUUUAUAUUAUUAUUGGCGUUCUAAAUGGCUUGUACAUUUUAAAAAUGUUGUUACAAAUAUUAUUUGCAUAUUUUAAAAAACUCCAUGAUAAAAUUGAUAUUAUUAAAGGCUUUAUUUCCAAAAGAUUUCCCAAUUUUGCCAAUUACCAUCCAUUUAUAAAGUAGAGCCUAGAAAGCCGUUAAACAUAAUAAAUAAGAAUCAAAAGAAGGUAUGGAAAGAUCAGAGAAUAUAUUUUCCCCUAGGCUAAAAAGAUUUUAGAGUUCAAAAAGUAAUAUACGAUAUUAUUCUAUAAGGUUCAAUAACUUUGAAUUGCCCUGCGUGGUCGACAUAUAUAAAUUGAUAGGAAAAGAGAAGGAAAUCCAAGAAUUUGAUUAUGGAGAUAUAUAAAGUUUGAAUAGUCCAAAAUAGAGUGAAAUAAUUACUGAAAGAUAAAACUUAAAAACGCUAGUAAAGUAUCCUAACAAUAAUUUGAAUGAGAGAUCAUCUGUUUUUUCAUUUCCCAGACCAAGUGGAACAAGAAUACAUCCAGAAUUAGAUAUGGAAGGAGAGAGUGCAAGAUAAAGUGCUGAUAGAUAGAUUAUUUGA